CGCGGGUUAACAUCGACACAGUACGGGCGUUCGACAGUGCGAGUGAAAAUGUUGCAACAAUCGGUGUGCUGUGCGCUCUUCUUCCUGGCCACGCUGGUCCAGGGUACGAUCUUCGAGCGACCGUGCCGUUCGGAUGUGUCGGUCGUGCAAGACUUCCAGGUCGAGAAGUAUCUCGGUCUGUGGUACGAUCUCGAGCACUACGAGGCAAACUUCGAGCAGAACACGGAUUGCAUAACGGCCGAGUACAGUCUCUAUGAGGACGGUUCGAUCCGGGUGUUUAAUACCGCCGUCCGGCUCUCCGAUGGACUGCUGUACGCGGUGGACGGGGUGGCCCUGUUGAGCUAUCCGGAAGCGCAGGUCCUUGAGGCUAAGCUAAACGUGUCGUUCUACGGAACACCGAAUGAUGAAUCUAACUAUUGGGUGCUGGAUACGGAUUACGAGAAUUACGCGGUUGUCUGGAGCUGCCGACCGAUCGGCGAGGAACGAUCACGCGAAUCCUACGGGCUACUGUCCCGCACUCCAUCCCUGCCGGACGAUGGCGAACUGAGGAAAACAAUCGAUACGCUCAAGAAGCAGAACGGAAUCGUUGAUGAUGAGCUCGUCAUUACGGAACAGUUUGCCGAAGGAUGCAACAACAAGCGUCACAGUCUAUUGUAAAAUAGUGUCACGCCUAAAAUGUUUUAACUAUAAGUAAAUGAAAAUUAUUACCAAAAGUGAAUAAAAACAGUUAUUCGUUUCCAACUUAUAACUUUAAAGUGUAGAAAAAA